UGGCCGUGCUCUGUCGUUGAAACAUUAUGUAUUGCGUAUAUUUUAUUUUUAUUAUUGAUCUACCACUUAUCACUGAUUUUUUUUUUAUACCUUCCAUUUGUAUUUUAUUUUUUUUAUACAUAUCGUAUAAUAUGCUUGUAUAAUACAAUAUUAUACAAUUUGUAUUAUUCAGUUCACAUCACUGUAUAUAUUGCGUAAUAUAAUUACAGAAGUUUUGUAUUUCAUCCACAAAAAGGUUAUAUCAUCUCGAAAUCUAAGAAUGAAAAAAAAACCGAAAGGUAUUACGUUUUUGUAGUUUUUUUUUGAAUUCAUAUAGCGGGAGCAAAUAUAAUUCAUUAUACACCCGUAGGUGUUCCCUAUGACAAGUCACAAUAAUUAAGUUAGGUACUUACAUCAUUUCGUAACUAUGAUUUCGUACCUGACCAAUUUGCUGUUUGACUACAUCUUUCUGAGUUUGAUUAUUGUCUGUACGUUCCUUUAUUAUUAUACAACGUCGACGUACGACACAUGGAGGAAAUUAAAUGUGCCGUUUGCAAAGCCGGUGCCCUUUUUCGGGAAUAUAUUCAAAAUGUUUACGGGCUUAGAGCGCCAAGUGGACGCGUUCGGACGGAUUUAUCAACAGUUUCCCGAUGAGAAAUUUUGCGGUUUCUAUCAAAUGAGCACGCCGUUUUUGAUGCUCCGCGAUCCGGAGCUCAUCAACACGGUGAUCAUCAAAGACUUUUCAUAUUUCACCGACCACGGUAUUGACAUGAACCCUUCGGUGAACGUAAUGGCGAGAAGCUUGUUCUUUGCGACCGGACAAAAAUGGAAAACGAUGAGACAAAAACUGAGUCCGGGAUUUACGUCCGGUAAGCUCAAAGGUACUCACGAACAGAUCCGGGAGUGCAGCGAUCAGCUAACAAACUGUAUUUACGAGAAAUCCCAGAAAACCGACGCCAUUGAAGUGUACGAACUCGUUGGCAAUACAGCCACCGACGUGAUUGGAACGUGCGCUUUCGGUAUGAAAUUGGACACAAUUAAUAACGAUAAUUCGAGCUUUAGACAAAACGUAAAGAAAGUGUUCAAACCCAGCGGUAAAGUAAUUUUCGCUCAAAUACUCGGAGUUUUGUUUCCGAAAAUUGUAAAGUUCUUAAAACUUCAAACUUCUCCGGUGGACGUAGAUGCCGUUAAUUUUUUUCAUUCAGUGUUCGGUGAAGUUAUCGAGUAUAGGACCAAAAAUGACGUUGUUAGAAACGAUCUGACACAAACCUUAAUGAAAGCGAGACAGGAUUUGGUAGUAAGCAGUGACUAUAAGGGAGAAGAAAAGUAUUGUGAAUUGGAUAUAAUCGCAAAUGCAAUGUUAUUGUUUACGGCCGGUUCCGAAACUGUAACUGCCACAGCAUCUUUCUGUUUUUAUGAAUUGGCAUUGAACAAAGUUAUCCAAGACAGGUUACGUGACGAGAUAAUCUCGUCGAAAAUAAAACACGGUGGACAGCUCAACAAUGAAUUUUUGGAAGAUCUUCAUUACGCAGAUAUGGUUUUAGACGAAACUCAUCGUAAGUACACCAUAAUUACCGCCCUGUUGAGAGGAGCUACACAAAAUUAUAACGUACCCGGGGAAUCAUUAUUGAUUGAAAAGGGACAAAAAAUUUUAAUACCAAUUUAUAGUAUACAUCACGAUCCAAAGUAUUAUCCAAAUCCCGAAACUUUCGACCCAGAAAGAUUUACUGCAGAAGAAAAAUCCAAGCGACCAAAUGGAACAUUUUUACCGUUUGGUGAUGGACCUCGCCAUUGCAUAGGAAAACGUUUUGCUGAAUUAGAAUUGAAAUUAAUUCUAUCCAAAAUACUAACUAAAUUUGAAAUUUCACCUUGUGAAAAAACAGAAAUACCGCUCCAGAUGAAUAAAGAACGUGGAAUAACUUCACCAAAAAAUGGAAUUUGGUUAAAUUUUAGGCCAAUUGUGGAAUAGUGUGUGAUAAUUCACCCAAACAUAAAAUAAAUUGACCUAACAUUUUAAAAAGUAAUUAAAAUAUAGGUAUUUUGUUGUCAGUACAAUUGAUAGAUACCUAGAUAAUAUUUUACUGCUUUAACUUGGUAUUAAAUAAACUAUUUGUUCAAUAUUUAUAAAUUGCACAGUUUUCAGUAAUUACAAUAAUAUAGAUCGAAUAAAUAAGCCAUUUAUUGCGUAUUCGAUGUAACAUUAAUUUGGAAUA